UCUGGACCUGUCUUUAUUUGGCACUCCCGGAAGCCGCUGGGCAUUUCUCUCGCUGCCUGCCCGGGCAGCUGAUGUGCCUGGCUGACACCGGCUCCGCUGAAGACGAGGAGGAGGAGGAGGAGAAGGAGGAGGAGAAGAAGGAGGAGGAGGAGGGAGAGCAGCGGCGAGGAGAGGCGAGGCGAGGCGAGGGAGGGGGGAGCGAGUGACCGGCCACGGAUUGUCAUUGCAGAGAGGAGGGGGAAAAAAAAAAAAAAGAGAGAGAGAGAGAGAGGGAGAGAGAGGCUGCACGGGUCAUCAAAACAGAAUGGCAGAGAGUCAUGGCUUGAUGGAGAGACUGGAGAAGGCAGUGACUCGACUCGAAUCAUUAUUUUCAGAUUCCCAUAGAUCCGGUGGAAUGGAGUGUGAUGCCAUUAAUGGUGUCAAUGGAAGCAUAGCACCCUACGUCGAAGCGUUUGAUAGGCUGCUGAAUGGAAGUGUUGCUGAGUUUCUCAGGUACAGCAAGAUUCUUGAAGGUGACGUGAAGACACAUGCAGAGAUGGUACGUGCUGCUUUCCAAGCACAAAGAUCUUUCCUGGUGUUAGCAUCUCAGUGUCAAGAGCCUCAAGAGAAUGAGGUGGCAAUGCUUCUCAAGCCAAUAUCAGAGAAGAUUCAGGAAAUCCAGAACUUCAGAGAAAGAAACAGAGGAAGUAAGAUGUUCAACCACCUCUCAGCCGUCAGCGAAAGCAUACCUGCACUUGGUUGGAUAGCAGUGUCUCCUAAACCAGGCCCUUAUGUCAAGGAGAUGAAUGAUGCUGCUACCUUUUAUACUAACAGGGUAUUAAAGGACUACAAGCACAGUGAUACACGCCACGUUGAUUGGGUGAAGUCGUAUCUGAACAUCUGGUCUGAGCUUCAAGCUUAUAUCAAAGAGCAUCAUACCACAGGUCUCACCUGGAGUAAAACUGGCCCUGUUGCAUCACACAUGUCCCUGCGAUCCGUUCUAAGCAGUGGGCCAUGCCUCUCUCCACCACCUCCGCCGCCGCCGCCGCCACCUGGACCUCCUCCCAUCUUCGAUGCAGAAACUGCGAAGGAUGAAGGAACGGCAUCUCGCUCAGCCCUAUUUGCACAGCUUAACCAAGGAGAGGCGAUUACCAAAGGGCUUCGACAUGUCUCUGACGACCAGAAGACUCACAAGAACCCCAGCCUACGUGCCCAAGGUCCAUCCGUUCGUUCUCCCACGAAAAGCCAUACUCCAAGUCCCACCUCCCCCAAGAAUUCCCCGCAGCAGAGCCAUGCCCCUGUCUUGGAGCUAGAGGGAAAGAAAUGGAGAGUGGAAUAUCAAGAGGAUAAGAAUGACCUGGUCAUUACCAACACUGAACUCAAGCAAGUGGCCUACAUUUUUAAGUGUAACAAAUCUACACUUCAGAUAAAAGGAAAAAUCAAUUCAAUUACUAUUGACAACUGUAAAAAGUUUGGCCUUGUGUUUGACAACGUUGUGGGAAUCGUGGAAGUGAUCAAUUCCAGGGAUAUUCAGAUUCAGGUGAUGGGGAAAGUGCCAACCAUUUCUAUUAACAAAACAGAAGGCUGCCACAUCUACCUCAGUGAGGAAUCAUUAGAUUGUGAGAUUGUGAGUGCCAAGUCCUCUGAGAUGAACGUCCUCAUCCCCCAAGACGGUGAUUAUAAAGAAUUUCCGGUUCCUGAACAGUUCAAGACAGCGUGGGAUGGAUCCAAGCUGGUCACUGAACCUGCAGAGAUUGUGGGUUAACUUCCUAGCACCACGCAGCACUUGCUGACCACGAUCAGACCAUAGCCAGCAUAAGCAAAGCAGUAACGUAAAGAACUAGGAACAGCAGUAGUUACUACUGCUGUGGUAGGCCUUCAAGCAUUAGCUCUGCAUGCUAGAAACAAUAACUCAUCUGGCACGCUUUUGUUAGGCAUCCCAGUAUUUUUCAGGUUUCCACAGUUUGCCUUCACUUCCAAUUUUAAUUCUAAAUGAUGUCAUGUGAAUGCAAUGCAGUAACGCCCCCACCCUCCAGGCACACCAUGGGUUUGAAAUACUUUAUACAUAAAGCCGAAAUUCUGCAUGAUCCACUUUGUUAUCAUAUUGCUUCAGUGCAUUCCUUUUUAUGUUUUUGCUAAUCAAAAACAGCAUUAAGACUCUGCGAUGUUUAUUUUUACCUAUUAAGCUAUUCCUGUACGAUGCAGUAAGAAUGCACCCCUAGAGAGAACUACUGGCUCCUCGUAGUUCUGUGGCAAUCAUAAUGGGUUUUUGGUUUGUUUUUUAAGCAGGCAAAAAAGAGCAACCUUCAGCAAUACAUUUUGCUAACGGAAGAUGAAAGAACUUGAUAUUUUAAUCAAAUUCUUUUCUAAUAUGUAUAUUUAGAAGAUCCCUAUGUUUUCAGUGAAGACAGAUUUUAUUAGGGUCCACACAGGCUUGCUGUUGCCCUCUCAUUUCUUACAAAUCGGUAAUUCUUUCUAAACUAAAGCCUCAUCUAAGCUAAAACCUUGCAGCAAAUCACUUGAAAGUUUUUUGAUGCUCAGAUAUCUUUUUUCUUUUGUCUUUGAGACAGUCUCCCAUUCUUUAAAAUUUCACAUUGUAUCUCGCAUCCUCUUCAGAAAACUGAGAGAGGCAUACGUCAGAUACCACUUAAUUUGCUUGCUAAUAAUCUUCCUUUAAGAUGUUGCUGUUGUGGCUCCUAUUCAUUAAAAUAUCCUUCUGUCUCUUCCCUGCAUUUGUGAGCCUUACCCAGUUUCAAAUACAGCCAUGAAUUUAUGUCAUUAGUAGAGCCCCAGUAAAGGCCCUGUUUAGCCCUUUGAUUCUACUUUAUAGCCCCUAUUGUAUAUGCUUUUUUAACAAAGGUGGAGUGUUGUAUACAUUUGUACUAUUUCAGCACAUAGUACCAAUAAAAUUUUAAAAAUUUAAAGUCAGCAUAUGUUUUUGAUCACUUGUAAUACUUUGUAAUGGUGAAAUCACAGUGAGAUGCUUGCAGAGCUAGUUACAAGCUAAAUUUUGUGCCUAAUUUACCUUGAAAGUACAUUAAUCCUUGAGGGUUUUUCAGUAUCUUUGACUGUAAGCCCAGUAUAAUGUAACAACCAGUAGUGCGCAUUCCGCAAGGUUUUGCUGUCUGAUGUAGAAUCUGCGUGUAUAACGUGUUUGCUUUAGUACAUACCAUUUUUUCAACAGUAAACUUCUUAUGAAAUAAAAAGGAAAAUGUACUUGUUUAAAUACAAA